UUUUGUUUACAUCUGACGGAUCUUGUUAUAAUUUUAAUUUAUGCCGAUGUUUGUUGGCGACUCGUCGCCGCAGGUGUUUUGAUCUGUGCUCACAACAACUGCUCCCUGUGAUGCACCUGCCGCCUGGACAACUGAAAGUCGUGCUCAUUCUGGCCCUCUUGCAGGAGCUGCAGGUGAAGCCGCAGAGGGACAUUUUUCAGGAUCUCUUCGAGAAGGAUGUGCAAUUGUGUCACGAAUGCUUCACUGGACAGCGUGAACAGUGCGAGGAGAUAUUCCAGAAAAUAGCAGAGCCCUCGGAUUGGAGCAGACUUCUAAAAGGCAUCUCCUUGCUCUUUGAUCGUAGGACUGUUUAUUUUCUUGACCUGAUAGAGGAGGAUUGGGAAACCGAAGUAGUGGCAAAAAGAAAGAACAUUUAUGAACAAAAACAUGAUGUAGAAAACACGAAAAAGAUAUUUCUAGAGCUAGAGGAGCGACCUGGUGGCUUCCAUCUUUGCCGAACUUUUGCAAAAAAGGCUCGUUUUGUUGAAUACUUAGAGCAGCGAGGACAUGCCGCCGCCAGCAGCUGGUUCUACAUGAUGCACUACGUCAGUCCGCUUCUUAUGCAAGAACUGCACUCACUGCAAUUUCCUGUGCCAAGGACCUACGCCUCCUGCGGCCUUACACAUUUUCAAGCCUAUGCAGGACAAACUUUAAUACACUACGCAGAAGCGGAGGAAAAUCUACGCCUGGAGCUGUCUCGCCAGUUGCUGGAAUUAUCCCUUAAGUUGACCUUUGGCUUCUCAGACUUUCGUAUCUACUUGACCGAUUUCACGGCUGAUAACUUUGCCUAUGACGAACUCAACCAGAGGGUGACUCUCGUCGAUUUGGAUUCGUUGGUUCUGGUUGACGGUUUAUCCACUUCAGGAGAGGCACAGAAAUACGAACCCCUUCCAGGCGAGGGAUUCACCUUUGAUGUUUCGGCCUUCUGCUCCGGCCAGCAGCUGGAUGCGAAUGUCUAUCAGGCAUGCCUUCUCCUGAGGGAUUUCCUGCUCAAGAAUGUGGACAACGAAAGACUUCAACUGCUCUUGGAGCAGUGCGUUGCUUGCCAAGAUGAACUCUGUGAUAUGCGCUUCCAGCAAGCCUACGACUUGAUCAAAUUGCUGGACAACUAGAGUAAGAGACAAGGAUUGGAGAUCCACUAGAAGUUAAUCGUUUAUAAUCAUAAAACACACAUCCAUUA